AUGGGUGCCUUGAAAAGGGGUGUUGACGGUAAUGUGAUAUACGAUGGGGGUUUAGUAACUGAGAUACACAGGGUGAGUAUGGAGACAUGUAAUUUAUUCUUCGUUGAGGGGUUAUUUCUAGACUUGGGUUACCCUGGAUACAAUGAGGUGUACUGGCUAGGACCUGGUUUAGACUUAGGUAAGGGUCUUAGAGUGCUUAGGACAGAUGCUGAAGUCAUGAGAAUGUGUGAGAGUGCGAUGAAGAAUGACAACACUGUCCACCUAUAUUUUGAUCAUCCAAUUGAUGCAAACCCUGAAAUCCUUGAUGAAGAAGUCGUGUCUGAUGGUAGCAGUGAUAGUGUGGUUGAAGUCAAUCCAGCUGGUGAUAAUGUCAACAAGGUUAAAAUUACUAAUAAGGUUGACGGUCAGGCUAAUGAGAAGGAGAAUGAAAGUGUGAAUGAGACCAGUGGUGAGGUUAAUGAAUUGGAUAUGGUGUUGAGUGUGGUUGUGAAGGAGAAUGUGAAUGAGGUUGUAAAUGAGACCACUAUUGAUGUUAACGAGUCGAACAAAGGUGAGAGUGAUGCAGAAGAAGAAGCUGCGAAUGACGGAAAUAUGGAGAAAGACACUGAAGGAGCAUCAGCUCCAGAGAAACCUUCUAAGAAGGUUAGAAAGAGACAUCCAAGACCACCACCUAGUGGUUUACCCCGAGAAAGAAGAGCUGCCGAGAAUGAGGUUCCUGAGAGUAAUCCUCGAGAAGCUGAAGCUGUGAAUGAACCCACAGAGGAGACCAAUGCUGAUGAUGUUGCUGAUCUGAAUGAAGGUUCUGAUUUUGGAGAACCUUUUGUGGAUGAGCAAAGGGCAGAUGAACCUGUUACAGAAAGCCCAACAGAUAAUGUAACACAAACAAGUGAGAGGAACAAUGCAAGGAGAAAUCAUCCAAGGCCUCAACCGUCUGGGCAAAGAAUUGUACCUGGAAAGGAGGAUGAAGCACCAAGGGUAGAGGUGCCUAACCCGAAUAGAGAAGAUGGCGAUAGUGAACCUGAGAUGUACCAAUAUGAAUCUGAAGAACUAUGUAGCCCUCCUGCAUCUGAUGAUGAAGAGGAAGAGGCAACACCAACUUUUGUAAGGGGCAACCCAGUUCUAUCAAGAGGAAGAGGCAGCACCACUCGAAGAGGACUGUCAGCCACUACAACACCUCCAACUCCAGCACAAAAUGCAGCAGCUGCACCAUUACCCCCUGUUCAACCUAGGAUUGUCAGGCCUGAUGUUGGGUCUAGAUCCCAAAUUCCUGCAUCUCCAUCCAAUGUUGGGUCAUUGCCUCAAGGUUCAUUACUUAGGCCCAUUCUUCAGGCCCAACCUAUAGCACCAUUUAGGCCACCAACUGUGACUAGGGAGACCAUGGCAGCAGCAAGUCCAGCCAUACAGAGCAGGUUCACAGGCUUCAUGCUCACCCCAUCCUUGAAGAAGAAAAAGCCAUCCGGACCACCACCAUCAAAGCCAUCAACAAAUGACAAGAAAUAA